AUGGCGUCUUCAGGGUCUAAGAUCGGCGACAAGAUUUACGCCUUGAUUAACUACGAAGAUCUUUACGUCCAGCCCCUCAUCCUCUCCGCCCUGGAAAAGCGACUUCCUACAUCGUCAUACGAACUUAUCACUUCGCUAUCCCAACUACCUACUCCCUCAUCCCCUCUUCUACAGUUUGUUCAGUAUGAGUCUAUCGAUUUCGACCACCUUAUGGAAUAUUCAUCUACCUCCCUGGCCAAUGCCUACGUAAUUCGUAAAGCAUUGAUCCGGAAGCAUUACCUUAGCACUACCAUUGCCAACUGGAUUACCAAGUACCCCGACUCGGUUCUCAAGAAGCACGUCAAGCCCAGUGUGGAAUUCGAAGUCGACUAUGCCGAAUUUCUGGACGAUGCGCUAGUAGAGGCGUGGGAACUGAAGGAAAGCUGGGCACGAAACGAAGAGCUUGGUGAUGAUGAAGAUGGCGCUUCUUCCAGCAAAAAGGAAUGGUGGAUCUUGAAACCGGGAAUGAGUGAUAGAGGCCAGGGUAUCCGCCUCUUCUCAAGUGAACAAGAACUUACUGAGAUAUUCGAGGAGUGGGAUCCAGACAGCGACGACGAAGAUGAAGAAGAAGAUGCCCGCAGUGAUUCCAAUGCGCAACAGUUGAAAAUAGAGAAAGACGAAGACAACGGAAUCAUAACUUCCCAACUCCGCCAUUUCAUCGCUCAACCAUACAUCCACCCGCCUCUCCUCCUUACCCCACCAAACAACCCCACCAGUGACCUCCGAAAAUUUCACAUAAGAACCUAUAUCCUCGCCGCCGGCGCCCUGAAACUCUACGUCUACAAACCCAUGCUCGCCCUAUUCGCAGCCCACCCCUACCUGCCCCCUUGGUCCGCCGACGUCGAGCCUAAUAGCCAGAAAGCUAUGCGCGCCCACUUGACCAACACCUGUCUACAGGAUAGCGGGGAUCGAGAGGGUUCGGUGGGGUUGUUCUGGGAUUUACCGGAUAGUCUGCCCGCCCAGCCAGAUUUCUCCGGCUCAUCUAACAGUGAGGGUGGGGAUGCGGAGCGCAAAGUAAACGUACCAUCAAACUGGAAGGAUGCAAUCUUCCAGCAAAUCUGCGAUAUUACUGGCUCAACGUUUGAAGCUGCGGCAAGAGGGAUGUCCAUUCAUUUCCAGCCGCUGCCUAACUCUUUUGAGGUUUUUGGUCUGGAUUUCAUGGUUGGACUGGAUGAGGAGACUGGAGGCUUGAAUACGUGGUUAUUGGAAGUCAAUGCUUUUCCGGAUUUUAGGCAGACGGGAAGCGAUUUGCAGGGACUUGUGAAUGGGUUGAUGGAGGGGGUCGUGGAGAAGGGUAUUAAGCCGUUUUUCGGGCUUGAGGGGGCGGAGAAUGAGGAUAUGGUGGAGGUGCUCAAUGUGGAUUUGGGGAGAAGGUAG